GCGUCGCCGGGUCUCGAGCAGCUGCCGCGGAGCCGCCGGACCGAGCGCCGCGCCCGCCCGCCAUGGCCGAGAGCGAUUGGGACACGGUGACGGUGCUGCGCAAGAAGGGCCCCACGGCCGCGCAGGCCAAGUCCAAGCAGGCUAUCUUAGCGGCUCAGAGACGAGGAGAAGAUGUGGAGACUUCUAAGAAAUGGGCUGCUGGCCAGAACAAACAGCAUUCGAUCACCAAGAACACAGCCAAGCUGGACCGGGAGACAGAGGAGCUGCACCACGACCGGGUGACCCUGGAGGUGGGGAAGGUGAUCCAGCAGGGCCGGCAGAGCAAGGGGCUGACGCAGAAGGACCUGGCGACGAAAAUCAACGAAAAGCCACAGGUCAUUGCGGACUAUGAGAGCGGAAGGGCCAUUCCUAAUAACCAGGUUCUGGGCAAAAUCGAGAGAGCCAUCGGCCUCAAGCUCCGGGGGAAGGACAUUGGGAAGCCGAUCGAGAAGGGGCCAAGGGCGAAAUGAACACAAAGCCUCGAAAUCAGUGCGUUCCGGCUGAUCUUGUCUGGCUGGUUCCCCUUGGCCACCAGCGCCAGCGUGGGUCCCUUCACGUGGCUGAGCGGAACAUGGGGUGUCAGCCCUGCCCGGGAACCCCUCUACUCAUCCUUGCUGUCAAACAAACAAACAAAACCUUGCAAAGUG